CCAACAAUUCUCGAUUGCAUUUUACGAAUUCAUAAUCGAUUUGCGAUCCGUUACUGGCGAUAUUUCGAUAACUAACUGGAGGACUAGUGAUAUUUUUUUGGAAUUUUUUACUAAUUAUGAACCCUUCCAUCCAGCCUUACGGGCCUUCUUUCUCGGAGAAACCCUUGGAGCAGCUAAAUCGGAUCGCAAAAAAACCACCCAUUGAUAUCGAGUUUAGUGAUUUGAUGUAUUCUAUCGCAGAUUCAAAUGUUAAAGGGGGAUGGAGACAAUUACUAAAAUCUGUAAACGGAAUUUUCAAAUCUGGAGAAUUGACAGCAAUUAUGGGCCCAUCUGGAGCUGGAAAAUCGACAUUACUAAAUAUAUUGGCUGGAUACGUAACAGCAGGUGUCAAAGGCAGCAUUAAAAUUAAUGGAAAACCGAGAGACAUGAAACUCUUCACUAAAUUAUCAUCGUACAUUAUGCAAGAGGAUUUGGUCCAACCGCGUUUGAGCGUUAGAGAAUCCAUGAUGGUGGCGGCCAAUUUGAAGCUCAGCUCCACUAUUGGCAAUAAAGAAAAAGUUGAUGUGGUGGAUGAGGUCAUACGAUUAUUGGGCUUAGAAAAAUGUUACGAUACAAAAACAGAAUAUUUAUCCGGAGGUCAAAGAAGGAGGCUCACUGUAGCUUUAGAACUAGUCAAUAAUCCUCCAAUUAUAUUUUUAGACGAACCAACAACGGGAUUGGAUAACGUAUCGAUAAAGCAAUGUAUAGAAUUACUGAAAAAAAUAUCUCGAUUAGACAGAACUGUGAUAUGUACAAUUCACCAGCCACCAGCGUCUCUUUUCCAAAAUUUCGACCAGGUGUACGUAAUGGCAAACGGCUACUGCGUGUUUAACGGUUCACCUAGUAAACUUGUUCCUUUCAUGUCUUCGGCAAAUUGUAUUUGCCCAGCUACGUCCACGCCUGCCGAUUAUAUUAUCGAACUAGUACAAUCGAACCCAGAAAAUAUCCAAGUGCUUCAAAAUCAUUCGCAGAAUGGAAAGCAAAACUUGAGACAAAAGCUAGAACUUAGGCAAAAUCAGACGGAACUGUUCGAAAUAGGUGAAAUUUAUCAGGACACCACUCAAACAGGUAUUUCAUUCCAAGAUGUCGAUUAUCCAACUUCGUUUUGGACCCAGUUUAUCAUACUCCUUUCGCGGAUGGGCAAACAGACACGUAGGAACAAAACAAUGCUCUAUAUACAAUUUUUCCAUCAUUUAAUGUCAGGACUGUUAAUCGGAGGAAUUUUCUUCGGCACAGGCAAUGAAGCGAGCCAAAUAUACUCCGUUUUCAAGUAUUGCAUUAGCAUAAAUGUGUUUUUCAUGUACACUCAUGUGAUGUCUCCAGUAUUGUUGUUUCCUUUGGAAGUUAAGUUAUUGAGGCGAGAAUAUUUCAACAGAUGGUUCAGUUUAAAGCCUUAUUUCCUCGCUGUUACUAUUAUCAAUAUACCAAUACUGUUAAUGGGUGGAAUUUUUUUCGCUAUAAUCUCAUUCUUUCUAUCAGGACAACCUUUAGAAUUUGAGAGAUUAUUCUGGUUUUCUCUGGUGGGAUUAAACGUGGGCUUGGCGUCGCAAGGCCUGGGAUACACCAUUGGAGCUACCUUCGAUAUUUUGAAUGGAUCUGUGGUUGCUCCGCAUAUUUUAGCUCUGGUUUUGGCACUCGGGGUGUACGGAAUGGGAUACAAAGAUGGUAUCGAAUCCUUCAUGAAAGUCAUCAUUUCAUUCAGUUAUAUGAGGUUUGGUUUGGUCGGCACAGCAGGUUCCUUAUUUAACAACAGAUCGAAUAUUCCUUGCGAAGGAACUUACUGCCACUACAGAAAUUCAGAGGUAUUGAUGGCUGAUAUGGGUAUGGGCGGUACUAAACCUUCUUACCAAUUUGCAUACAUUAUGAUCUUCACUGUUAUCUUCAGAGUUCUUGCUUACCUAGCCCUCAAAUAUAGGAUGACCUCGGAAUUAAGAAACAAAUUAGUCUAUUACGCUACGAAAAUAGUCAAGCAAAAAGAAACGUAAUUGUUCAGGACUGUAGCUAAUUUGUUUUUUAUUACAUGUAUUGUUAUUGUGAUGUAAAUUUUAAUUGGUGAUUGUUGAUACCCAAUUUUGUAAGUGUCUGUUCUAAUAAAAAUGUUCUAUAGCACUGUGCUGUAACACAUAUGGACUGUAAG